AUGGUGGAAGAAGAAUGGUAUGAAACUACUAGAAUGGUUGCGAAACAUACCGAAAACGAAAAUAUAGAAAAAGUUUAUUCGCACACUAAUCCUUUUAUAAGAAAUUUUAUCAGACGAUCUAUUAAAGGAGGAAGAGUUUCUGCAAAUAGAAAAUCAUUUGAAACGAACAAAAUGGAUGAAAUUUGUAACGUAUUAAAGGAAUAUAUUUCGCAAAGUGAAACACGAAGUGAUAACAUAAUUGAUUUAUUCAAAGAAUACAGCGCAAGCACAAAAGACAAAACGGAAGUUCAUUCGAGACUUAAAAAAAUAGAAUGUACUAAACUAAUGGCAUUUGAUGCUAACGGUUUAUACGCUUCCGCCAUGUCUGAUUUAGACAGUGAAUAUCCGAGAGCGGAAAGUGGAAGACCGUUUCUACCAGAAGAAGAAAAAGAAUUUGUAAAACUCUUCAAUAAACAAAAAUUCAGACCUAGAACAGCUAUUUUAACAGUGUGGUUUGACUAUCCCAAAAACAUGUUCUUCCAACUGAUACCAGCUAAAGAUAAAAUCCAUUUCACGAAUAAAGAAGGUAAAAAGGAAACUGGUAACAAAAUCAGGUUCAGAAAUGGUUUCUGUCACGACGUUUUAACGUCGGUUGAUAUUCAAGAAAUAGUGAAAGCCGGUGGACGAAUUAUUAGAAUAUUAGAUGGUAUAGUUUACGAAGAAAAUUUUAAAACUCCACCCUAUAGAGAUUAUAUUUUAAUUUUGAGAGAUUUAAGAAAUAAAUAUAAACGAGAAGGUAAUAUCGUGGGUAGUAACUGCAUGAAAUUAUUAGGUAAUUCCUUGUAUGGUAAAUCAAUUCAGAAAGAUAUAUUCACAACUAGACAUUUAUGGAAUGAAGCAACUUUACAGGCCAACUUUGAUUCACGUGUUAAAACCUAUGAGAAAAUUAAUGAUAAUCAAUAUAUUGUUGAAACAGAAAUUGAAGAAAAAGAGAUUACUACCGAAGAUAGUAAAUCUACACGACUAACACUUAGUCAUUUGGGAUCAUUCGUUUUAUCUCACAGUAAAAAAAUAAUGAACAAUUUCAUUCACGUCAUAAAUGGAUUUUAUAAACCCGAAAUAUACUAUACGAUAGUUUGUACAUUUCAUCCAAAAAUUGGAAAAAACUAA